AGAAACGUGCACUGUUGAGGUUGCGAUUUGCGAUUAGUUGCGAUGUUCUUUUUCUUAUAAAAUAUACUGUCUUGUAUUUUAUAAUGGACGAAAUAGUAGUCGGCACCUAUGAAGGUUUUUUGCUAGGAUAUUCACUUAGUUAUGAAGAUGAGAGAAGCAAAAUUAAACAAACCUUCGCGACACAUUCACAUACUGCUUCAGUGCGAUGUGUGUCCAUAGCUGGCAAAUUUUUAGCUUCUGGUGGCACUGAUGACAAAGUAGUGGUCAUUGAUAUGAAGUCCCGAAAAGAGCACACUGUCCUCAUGAAUCACGAUGGUACUGUAAAUACUGCUGCUUUCACACACAAUGGGACACACCUCCUUACUGGGAGCGACGAUGGAUCAAUUAUUGUGACGAGAACUGGCAAUUGGCAAAUUGAGAAAAUAUGGAAGAAAGCUCACCAAGGAUUUCCUGUUACUGAUUUAGCAGUACACCCAUCUGACAAACUAGCUCUUAGUAUAGGAGGUGACAAGACACUAAGAACUUGGAACUUAGUAAAGGGUCGUCCUGCUUUCACUAUAAAUCUUUCCAGCAAGGGUGUAACUUUGCCUACUGAAAUUAAGUUUUCACCCACUGGUGACAGAUUCUCCCUAAUUCAUGAACAAAAUGUAGAUGUGUGGACUAUAAGUAAAGCGGGAAUUGAGAAACAAAUAAAAUGCACCACUAAACCAACAUCAGUACAAUGGGUAUCUGAUGAAAGGAUGUAUGUAGGAUUGGACAAUGGAAAUAUUAUAUCCUUUACUGUCUCCGAUACUCAAGCUCAAACUUACAAAGCCCACAAACAAAGAGUGAAGUGUCUUCAUUACAAUAAUGAUGUAUUAUAUUCAUUAUCUAGUUCAGGAGAAAUUAAAGUUUGGUCAGAGAAUGAUUCCAAAUUAAGUGAAUUAAGCUCACAUAAUGCUGCUUGUAGAGUCACCUGUGUGACAUUGAACAGGCAAAGCCAACUUAUUAAGAAGGAGGAGAAAUUAGAUGAACACGUUGAAGCAGAGGAGAGUAUUGAGCGGACAGAGGAAAAAGAUGAAAGCGAUGUUUCUGAUGAGGAUGGACCUAAAGCUCCAUCACCACCAUCAAAGAGGAAACCAGGAGCCUUUGUAACUAUCAGUUAUGGAAAUGAUGAAGAUAAAAAAGAUGGAGGUGCCCCACCUAAGAAGAAGUUUAAGAAAAAGAAAAGAAAUAAAAAUAAAAACAAGAAAAAUAAAGUAGUUGAAUAAUUAAUGUACUUUGUUUGUUAAUUGAAUUUACCAAUAAAAAUAUAAAUAAUAAAGUUUGAGUAAAAUAAAUAUACUAAAAAUAAUUUAGAUGAAAGUUAAUAGCCAGGUUAAGAGGUAGUAACCCUUUCAACAACAAGAUCUAAAAUCGUCAUGAGGAUAAACUUCAUUAAGGGUUGUAGGUACCCUUGUAGCUAAAGAUUAUUUAUUAUCAGGUAUGUUGAUGAACGAGUUACAACAUGCAAAAUAAGAAAAAAAGAAAACACACAUUACCACUGCAGACUAUAUUUUCACCAUCAUUUUAGGAAAUGUACAUGAUGUUCACAUUGAUCAUAAUUGAUAGUAAAAAACAAUAUGAUGUAGA